CACCCUCCCUAGGGGUCUGGGACCUUCCCACUGCUGAAUCACCACCACCCGGCACUCUCCCAAGGCUCAGGGCAGGGGUGGGGACUGCCCCAGCCUGACCCGUUCCAGCUAACCCCUAGCCAGCCUCGGCUACCUCCAGAUCCCCGCGCUGAGCGGAAGGCGGUUCUCAGCCUGCCCGCGGAGGUGGAGCGGCGGGAGUGAGAUAGCAGGAAGAGGACAAACGCCCGGCGCCUAGCUGAGGGCCUCGGCUCGGGUGGGAUGCCGAGUGAAAGCGGGGAGACCCGACCCGGAGAGGCCAGGCCUGAGGGGUCUCAGGGGCCAUAGGGCGAGGGGUGGAGGGCAAAGCUUGCAGAAGGGUGGGGGCGAGAGGCCGCCGACUUCCUGGUCCGCCCCGGCCCGGCCGGCCCGCCCCCGCGCCCCGCCCCGGCCCGGCCCCCACUCCCCCCACUUCCUCCGGCCUCCAGCUCUCACUUCCUUCUUGAGUCCAGAGCCGCCGCCGCCGCCCCCAGCUCCCCCGUCGCGGGGAGGGCACCAGGUCACUACUUCCAGUGGGGUCCAGAAGAGGGAGGAGGCAGUGCCUCCACUCCCACAGCUUUAUACACAAUGCAGAGCAUCAAGUGUGUGGUGGUGGGUGAUGGGGCCGUGGGCAAGACAUGCCUUCUCAUCUGCUACACGACUAAUGCCUUCCCCAAGGAAUACAUCCCCACUGUGUUCGACAAUUACAGCGCCCAGAGUGCAGUUGAUGGGCGCACAGUGAACCUGAACCUGUGGGACACUGCGGGCCAGGAGGAAUAUGACCGCCUGCGCACCCUUUCCUACCCUCAGACCAACGUCUUUGUCAUCUGUUUCUCCAUUGCCAGUCCACCCUCCUAUGAAAAUGUGAGGCACAAGUGGCAUCCAGAGGUGUGUCACCACUGCCCCGAUGUCCCUAUCCUCCUGGUGGGCACCAAGAAGGACCUGAGAGCCCAGCCUGAUACCCUACGGCGCCUCAAGGAGCAGGGUCAAGCACCCAUCACACCGCAGCAGGGCCAGGCACUGGCCAAGCAGAUCCAUGCUGUGCGCUACCUUGAGUGCUCGGCGCUGCAGCAGGACGGCGUCAAGGAGGUGUUUGCAGAGGCUGUCCGGGCAGUGCUCAACCCAACACCGAUAAAGCGUGGGCGGUCCUGCAUCCUCUUGUGACCCUGGCAUUCAGCUUGGAGGCUACCCCUUGUCCCCCCACCAGUUGUGCCUUGGCGCCUUGUCUGCCCCCCAGCUGUGCCUUAAGGACUAAUUCUGGCACCCCUUGCCAGGGGACUCCCUGAUUGCCUUUUAUUCCUUAAGGAGGUACACGGGGAAAGGGGCUUUGGGCCCUGCCCCACUCUGCUUGGGAAUAUCAAGUAUUCCAUGAGUUCACCUAAGCCGGGUUGACCCUUCCAAGAGGCCAGCCCAGUGCUUCCCUCCAUUUCCUGCUACUGACCAGUUCAUCCAGCUUUCCACAGAGUUGCUGCCUGUUGUGGUGUCUCUUCUCAGGUUAGGGGCUCUAACCUCUGCCUUUGCUCUUGGAGUAGGCACUCCAAGACAUCCCCCCAACAAAGGAGGAGCCACAGAACCCUGAGAAGAAAAAUGCCCUAACCUGCCCCAUGUGCCCAGGCCUCAUGCGUCUGCUGACUGACUCAGGCCCCAUGCUCCUGGGGGCCUUUCCUACCCCAUCAGCAUCAAUAAAACCUCCUGUCUCCAUUG